GAAUCGCAUGUAGAUUUUCUCCAUUUACACGACUCAAAAGAAUCGUACUGAUAAUAACUCAAAAUUUGAAGGCUCCUCCUGAAAGCAUGUGUGUGUAAUGUAUAUAUAUACAUAUGAAUAUGGAGGUGAUCUGUGAGUCAGUCAUUUUCCAUCUAAGAAAUACUACACAAAGUAUCGCGGCUGGACUGGCCUUCCUUCCAAAUCCAAAGAGAGAACACAUUUUUUCAAGCAAAGCCAGGGAUUUAGCAAGCAUGACCUACCACGACCUGAUUCCCGAGAACGUGAUAACCAUCUGGUACUCAAGUAGCAUUCCAUUCCUUGUCAUCUUGAGCCUCUCACUUCAGGUCUUUCUUGUCCUUUUGGCUCCUUUUCGUAGGAAAACUGGCAAUCAGGCAUUCCAUUCUCUUAUAUGGUCUGCUUAUCUACUCGCCACCUGGGUUCCCACAUUCACCACUGGACUCAUCCUGAAGAGUGUGAGAGCCAGCAAGGGCAUUUCCGGCACUUCAGUGAGUGCUCGUCGGCUGGAUGAUGAUAUCCUGGCAUUAUGGGCACCCACUCUGCUGAGGUGCCUCGGUGGCUCCUUCACCAUCAAAGCGUUUUCCCUUCAAGAUAAUGAGCUCUGGACCAGGCACGUUGCUGUUUUCAUAAUCCAGCUCGCAACGGUUUUUUACGCCUUCCUUUUCACCCUCCCCAACAACAAGCUUCUAGUCCCCACCAUUUUCUCACUUUUUGGAGGCUCCAUUUCUUAUGGUUAUCGGGUGUUCUCCAUGUAUUCUGCAUCCUUGGAUAAGUACCGGGAAGGGAUUGUGACUUCUCGGCAAGUGGAGGGCAAUACUGAAAAACUUCUCGAUGUGCUGUCCGAGCAAAGAAAAGAACCGCUUGGAUAUUUUUUUAAGCUCGAUGUUGCGUACCACUAUUUUCAAAUCUUCAAGGGACUCAUUGUUAACCUAGAGUACAAGCCCCUGGAAAAGAAGCAGAAGCAGAUCGUGGAGGUUUUCCGCGAUAAUAUCUCGUCAGAGGAUGCAUUUCAGGGAGUUCAUUGGGUUCGGAAGUCUUCGCAGCCACUGAUUAGACAGUCACACCACAAGGAAAGCAAGUUCUUCAAACCAUGUAAUAUGUUGUAUCACAUCGUAAGAUUCAUCUGUGAAAGGAAGCCGAAGGAGGUUCAGAUCGAGGAAGGUGUUCACCUCCACGUGAAUGAUACAUGUAUAUUUUUUCAGGAAUGGUCGGAGGCCAUCUUUUGUCACAACCUCGUUAGCUAUUGUCUAGGAGAUUCUCCUCCUCGAACAAUCCCCAAGCCACAUGGAGGAUGUCAAGCCUGCAUAGCGAAGAUCCUCUGUUUUCUAUGCAAUGCAUGUGGAGCCUGCAUAGCGAGGAUCCGCUGUUUAGCACAGGUUGCGGCUGGAAUUCCCUUAAGCCGUUGUCUCGAUAAGCUUGUCAUCAGGGGCAGUGCUCUUCAUAAAGCCAUAUAUGUAUCGAGGUGUCCUUUAACCAAGGAACUGUGGGAUUUCAUAUAUGACAAUCUGUGGGAAAUGACCACCAAAAUGGAGAAUGGAGAGGAGGAGUUUGUACCUGAUUUCCUCAAAGAUGUCGAAUAUGAUGACAUUGAUGAGUAUCUUCUCCUGUGGCAUAUUGCUACUGAGCUUUGCUACAAUACAGAGAAGCAUGGGUCCCGUGAGGGGAACGCAACCAAGGAACGAAUAUUCAGCAAGAUCCUGUCAGAUUACAUGCUAUACCUGAUGGUCUAUCAGCCUGGUAUGAUGUCCGAGAUAUCUGGUAUGUUCGUCGCAAACUACAAGGAGGCUUGCGAGCAGAUAGCAAAGUUUCUUGGAGGAGACAGACAAUUGAAGAAAGCUUGCGAGAAAAUUCUCGACUCCAAAGGGGAAAUUGGAAGGAAAUACGGAAGAGAAUCCCUACUGUAUCGUGCAUGCGAUUUGGCCGAGAAUCUUAAGAAGCUUGAGGAGGCAAAGAGGUGGAGGAUCACGUGCGGAGCGUGGGUGGAGAUGCUGACGUACGCGGCUAGGCAUUGCAGAGGAGAUAUGCAUAUCCAAUCGCUGAGUAUGGGCGGGGAGCUCCUAACCUUGGUCUGGCUCUUGAUGGCUCAUUUCGGGUUAAUACGUCAUAAAAAAUGGAGAUCACAUAUUUCCCAUAAAAGGAUUAUUGUGGAAUGGGAGUAUCGACAGGAGGAGCAGGGUGAGCUUCAAAUUUGUGAGGUCUGAUUAGAAACUGUCGGUCUUGUCUUGUUCGUGUCAUGUCUUUUACGUACGUACGUCUUCGUUUCUCUACUUCUCCAUCUCAUGAUCUGUGCGUGUGAUUGGCUGUUGUGUUUGUUCAGUAAGUGCAACCGGUCGUGUUGGCUUUUGCCUUUAGGAUUUGGUUAUAUCCAUACCCUCUUCUUCUCCUUCUUCUUCUUUUUUUUUUCCUUUAAUUUUUUUUUUAAAUUUCAUUCAUUACUGAAAAAU